GGACGGUAUCAAGAAAAGGCAAUGGGAGGCCGAUGUCGCCCUGUAAAAAGAGAUAAAAAGAGAGAGAGGGUGACGGGAGGAGGAAAGCGUGAAAGGGAAGAGAGGGAGACAAGCAGGGGAAGUGGGAAGCAACGGAAAAGUUGUCUUGUAGAGAGAGAGAGAGAGAGAGAGACUCUGCAGUACGACACACAUGACAUUCGACGAGGAAGAGAAAAAAGAAAAAGAAAAGACGAGACCCAGAACCGAGCAGAGCUUGUUUUUCACUGUUCUGUCUCUCUUUCUCUGUCCCCUCACGCCGACUUCCGUGAAAACGCGUCCUUUGUCGGCCCUCCCUUCUCUCUCUCUCUCUCUCUCUCUCUAUCUUCCUCUUGGUCAGAAUGGACCUGCGCCUUUAGCCGCUUGAUUGCAGCUGAGCUCGAGAUCUGCUCAUUCAGCCGAGGAUGGAUAUCGGGAGGUGGGUAGCGGCGGCGCUGGUGCUGGGAGUUGCGGCGGUGGCGUCGGGGAACGUGGUCUUGGAGGUGCAGAACAAGCUUAAACUACCGGACAGGGACAGCUCGCUUCGGGCGAUGAGAUCCCACGAUGUUCGCCGUCACGGCAGGCUCCUUUCCGGCUACGAUCUCCAGCUGGGGGGCAGUGGCAACCCCUCCGAGACCGGGCUAUACUUUGCUAAGAUUUCAAUCGGGACACCUCCAAAGGACUAUUUUGUUCAGGUCGACACUGGAAGCGAUAUUCUGUGGGUAAAUUGUGCCGAUUGUGUGAAGUGUCCUGUCAAAAGUGACCUCGGGAUAGAACUCACCCUGUAUAAUGUGAAGGAAUCCUCGAGUGGGGACAUGGUUACUUGUGAUCAAGAUUUCUGUACUUCGACAUACAACGGCCCCCUUCCCAAUUGCAGGCCCAAUUUGCUCUGCGAGUACAAUGUUGUUUAUGGAGACGGAAGCUCGACUUCUGGAUACUUUGUGAAGGACUCUGUACACCUAGAUCAAGUCACUGGAAACCUCCAAACCUCGUCCGCAAAUGGGACCGUGGUCUUUGGGUGUGGAAGUAAGCAGUCAGGGGAGCUCGGUUCAUCCUCUGAAGCAUUAGAUGGGAUUCUUGGUUUUGGACAGGCAAACUCAUCUAUAAUUUCUCAGCUCGCUUCAUCUGGGAAGGUGAAAAAGAAAUUUGCUCACUGCCUGGAUGGUAAAAAGGGUGGUGGAAUUUUUGCCAUUGGAGAUGUCGUGCAACCAACUGUAAAGACCACUCCGUUGGUACCAAACCAGCCACAUUACAAUGUUAUUAUGAAGGCUGUUGAAGUGGGUGGUGACGUUCUACAACUUCCCACAGAUGUAUUUGAGACUGGAGAACAGAAAGGAACAAUAAUUGACAGCGGCACGACUUUGGCCUACCUCCCAGAAGAAGUUUACAAUCCAAUGCUGAAGAAGAUCCUCGCUCAGCGACCUCAUCUGAGUUUACAUACUGUAGAAGAUCAAUUUACAUGUUUUCAGUAUUCAGGAAGUGUUGAUGAUGGAUUUCCUGAAGUCACAUUUCACUUUGAAGAUUCAGUUACAUUGACAGUUUAUCCUCAUGAGUACUUAUUCCAGAUUCGUGAAGAUGCUUGGUGCUUCGGUUGGAUGAGCAGCGGAGCGCAAUCUAAGGAUGGAAGGGACAUGACCCUUCUCGGAGAUUUGGUACUUUCAAAUAAACUAGUUUUGUAUGAUCUCGAGAAGCAGGCCAUUGGAUGGACAGAGUAUAACUGUUCUUCAAGCAUCAAGGUGAAGGAUGGGAGUACAGGAGCCACAUAUUCUGUGGGUGCGUACGACAUAGGUUCGACUUCCAUCCUCACCAUCGGAAGAAUACUGACGUUCUUGUUACUGCCUGCAAGUAUACUGCACAGUCUCCUAUAGCUAAGACAGACGGGUUUAACAGACAUUCAUACUUAUUCACAGCCAAUUGGAAUUUUUUAUGAUACAUCGUUACUCUGUCGCAUAGAGGUUGUCACAAUAUUGAUCUGUCCGGAUGUAAAGCACACCUCUUUUCUUUCGUUCUUUCAUUUUUCGUUUUUGUCUUUUCGAUGUGCAUUUGUUUAGUGACUUUGUAUUGUUGCAUCUCCAUCUGGUCAAGUGAAAUGGGGAACUCGGCUUCGGUUAGUUUGUUCAUCUCCGAUAAAGUUUUUCAGGC